UUGGCUUAUUCUGACUUCCAAAGUUAUAUGUUUUUAUUAAUAAGUUCAAGAAGUUAUGCGAAGAAUUUUAAUUAGUAGCAAUCGUAUCAUUCAAAGACAGUUUAAACAAUAUCAAACUAAUUUGACAAGUUCUGAAUUUAUAGCACCUAAAACCAUGGAUGUGAAAUUACAACCAAUGGGGGUAGCCACUCGAAUGCGAGAGAACCCGGCUUUUACAAAAAUUGAUUCUCCAGAAUUUCGAAGUAUAUUUACACCGGAACUAAAUGCGCUUAUAGAAAUUUUUACGAAAUAUAAUUAUGAAAUACGCAUUGCUGGUGGUGCAGUGAGGGAUAUUUUGAUGCAUAUUCAACCAAAAGAUGUGGACUUGGCCACCACUGCAACACCUGAGCAAAUGAAAAAAAUGUUCGAAGAGGAAAAUGUACGUUUGAUAAACGCAAAAGGCGAACGCCAUGGCACAAUUACACCACGUAUUAACAACAAGGAAAAUUUUGAGGUCACAACACUACGUAUCGAUGUACGCACUGAUGGACGCCAUGCGGAAGUGCAGUUUACAAAAGAUUGGCAAUUAGACGCCAAUAGACGCGAUCUUACAAUAAAUUCUUUAUUUUUGGGAUUUGAUGGCACUUUAUAUGAUUAUUUUUAUGGUUACGAUGAUUUACAGCAGCGGCGUGUAGUAUUUGUGGGAGAUGCCAGUGUACGUAUACAGGAGGACUAUUUGCGGAUUUUGCGUUAUUUCCGUUUCUAUGGUCGUAUUGCUGCAGAAGCACAUAAACAUGAUCAAGAAACUUUAAGUGCAAUAAGUGCAAAUGUUGAUGGUUUGAAACGUAUAAGUGGUGAACGAAUCUGGACAGAGCUACAAAAAAUUGUGGUUGGUAAUUUUAGUGAAGAAUUAGUUUUGGAGAUGAUAAACUGUGGCGUAAUAGCUCACUGUGGUCUACCACUCAAUCCUAAUGUUGUUGAAUUUCAACGACUUUGUAGAGAUCUCAAAGGAUUCAGUACGCCGCAUUAUCCUAUUUUGUAUCUAAUUAGUUUGUUACAUACGCACGAAGAUGCAAUAAGUUUACAUGAGCGAUUAAAAUUGUCCGCAUAUGAGAGAGACCUUGCUUUUUUCAUAACACAACAAAGACAUAAGGUUGACACAGAAUUAGUAACGUUACAGGAUUACCAAAAACUGUGCGUUCAUGCAUUUGCUAAACGAGAUUUUGUUGAAGAAUUGUUGAAAUACUGCAACAAGAAGAAUUUGUACGAAUCACUAAAGGCAUGGAAAAUGCCCAAUUUUCCAAUUAAUGGCAAUUUAUUAAAGGAACGCGGAUGUCCGCUUGGUAAAAAAAUGGGUUCUGUAAUGCUACAGUUGAAAGUGAUAUGGGCUGAUCAUGAUUUCUCAAUAUCCACUGAAGAAUUACUUGAUAAACAUCUUCCAGAAAUAUUAGCAAAGAUUACUCCGCCAACUACGCCAGCAAAAAAAAUGAGACAGUCAUAGCGAUGAUAAAUAUAGACGAAUGUGAUUAAUUUAUUAUUUUAAAAAAAUAAACAAUUUAUU